AUGGACUUAUAUUACUAUCAUAUUAGCACAGAUUGGGAUAUGAAUGAUGAUUUAUAUUGGAAUUGCGAUGUAGAAAAAUGUGAAUAUUGGGAUCUUGAUGUUGAAUUUUUCACUAGUACAGGAAUAGCAAAAAGAACAGAAUGGAUUCGUGUAGGAAUUCAAAGUGUAGCAUUAAAAGCAAUAAAUAAUCCAAUAGAUCCAAUUUCUGAUCUUUUGAAAGAAAUUGAAUCAAAUAUUCAGGUUCAAGAUCCGUUAGAUUUAGUAAAUUUUUCAUAG